CAUCAUCGUCAUCAUCAUCAUCAGUCUAAAUUAGCCAUGUUGGGCAGAACUAAGAAAUGGCUGAAAAUGUGCGAAAACUGGUCCGUGUAUUAUCCAAGCGAGAAGCUAUACAGGCGGGUUUACAAAGGUCUGCCACUACCUGUUCGCGGGAUCGUGUGGUCGAAAAUUUUGGGGACCCAAAAAUUGGUGACGGAUAAUCCCGGCGUGUAUGAGAAAAUGAAGAUGGCGGGCAGACAGUGGUGUCUAGACGUGCGACAGAUUGAUCUAGACGUCAACAGGACAUUCCGCAACCACAUCAUGUUCCGUAGGAGAUACGACGUCAAACAACAAGCACUAUUCAACAUACUUGUGGCGUAUGCCAUGUACAAUUCGGACGUUGGUUAUUGUCAGGGCAUGAGCCAGAUUGCUGCUCUGGUGCUUAUGUUUCUCAAUGAGGAAGAUGCAUUUUGGGCAUUAGCAUCCCUUAUAAAUGGUUCACGCUAUAAAAUGCAUGGUUUUUUCAUUCCGGGCUUUCCGAAAUUGUUACGAUACCAAGACCAUUACAAUCUCGUGUUAAAAAAACUUAUGCCAAAAGUCAAGAAGCAUUUGGAUAAACAUGAGAUGUUCCCUUCUCUUUAUACAUUGAAGUGGCUGAUGCAGUGCUUUCUGGACAGGAUACCGUUCUCACUUACCUUGAGAUUCUGGGAUAUUUUUGUGCUAGAAGGCGAAUCCGUUCUUAUCGCCAUGUGUAUCGUCGUUAUCAAAUUACAUAGAAGUCAGAUCGUGAAGAUGAACAUGGACGAGUUGAUGCAGUUCUUCAACGACGACCUCUGCAGGUCGUUCGCCGCCGACGAUGACGUAGCCGUGGCCUCCCUCAAGAACACCAUUGACGACUUGCGGCGAUUGAAGCUCCACCUACCGCCCACCACCCCCGAGAGUGAACUUCUUGAAAGACCG